AUGGGGGCCGCAAACCACUGCGGAGCCCACAGGGAGACAUUUUGGUUGCCCAGAGUGCUCGCCCGCCUAACACUGUUUGCUGCAGCAGUAGCAACAACUGCCACAGUAAGUAGAGCAGCAAGUGCCGUAAAUACACCUUCAGGCCAGACAUCUACGGUAUCGACUGACCUGCCUAAGAACGAAACUGCGCGUGUUCAUCCCUACACCCCCGUGGAUCUGGUUGUGGGACAGACAUUGGGGGGUCUGGAGUCCUCAGAAAUUAGGACUCGGCAGAAGCAGUUUCGAAAAAGCUGGCAUUUCGCGGUUACCGCAGGCUCGGUGGCUUUUGUGUGCUUAUUAGUGGCAUUCAUCGUGUUAAAAUGUGCACGGGAGGCACUGUUCCCGCGGUUGUUUGGAUAUACCCGUAAGAGGGCUCUGUCGAGUUCAGAUUUAGACGAAGAGUGGAGAAAGGCAUGUGCUGACGAAGGGCAUGAGGAGAGUGAGGAUGAUGUAGGGAAUGGGGAUCCAAGACACGGGGGAGACUCUGCAGAGGAAGCAGGAGAAUUAAAGGCUCUCCAGACAUUAGAAGAGCUGGUAUUCACCUGGAAACUUGGCGUGGAAGCGUUACCUUGUCUUCCUUUUGAUAAGAAGGCCUUUCUGGUUGUCUUGCUUUUGACAAUCUGCACGCAGCAGAUGGUUUUGUACGGAAUAUACUCAACUCCGAGAAUUGAGUUGAAGCGGCAGAAAACGAUGGAUUUCAUUUUGCAGCGGGGACAGCAGGCUUUGGCAGAAUUAGAUGCUCUUGACCAGCACUCUACGGCUGCAAGCCAAAGGGAAAAGAUUUUAGAGAUCUUGGAACAAUUUAGAACUCCCCGACUGGAGUCGAACCCUCCGGAGCUGGCUGUGGAGCUGGCUGUGGAGGCAAGCAUUUGCGCGUAUCGAGUUUCACAGUGUAGGCAGGCUCUACAACAGCUGCAGCCUUGGGUUAAAAGUUCCAUGCCUAUUCCCGAAAAGGUGAGCGAUCGGGCCCUCAGAGUUCUGUCUUAUACCCGACUGACGGGGAAAGGAAGACUCAAAGCAGACCCCGCUGCGAAUUCCUGGAUAGAGACGGUUCAAUCCCAGAUCCCCUUUUUUGGGAUUGCCGAGCCACGUAACAAACAGCGAUCCCAGGCGCACCGCAGGCCAUUAGAAGAGGAGAUGAAAAAACUUACGUCACGUUACAGACGACUCGCAACAGCUUUGACCCGCAGUGUUGAACAGGCUUUGCGUGAUCAGCCGCUGGAACAGCACAUGCAAGAACAACGCCAGCAUGCAGAGCAGCAGCCACAGCAGGACGUAAACCCGAAAAACCAGCAAAACCACAAUUCGGCCAGCCAACAUGCUGAGAAUAUUGGGGCGGAUACUUCCGUCCUCCGGCAUGUUGAUCACGUGGUUGAUCCCCGAACUGGUGUGGUGUUGCUCUCUUCUCAUUCUUCCCAACCGUGUCGUGCUCCUUGCCAAGCAACCUUGCAAACGCGAAUAUCACCUUUGCUGAGCCCGCCCGUGCGGCAACAAACUCAGCCUCCUGGUAACCAUUCUAACCAACAUAUUCCCAGCCCUCAGCCUGAGCACACGUAUCAGCCCUCUACCCCUUCCGUUCCAAGCUGGGGCAAGUCGCAGCAAGAGACAAACGACCAACAGCAAUCCUCACUUGAGUACUUCACAGCAAAGUCUGUUCUUCAAGUGGGAGCACCCGUGUUCACACCGAGAGGGCAAGCACACACAUACGCACAGCAGCAAAUGUCCCCUACUGCUUCUGGUGCCAGGGAUGCUGUGCGGGCCCUUCGACCACCACGUGGCUUCGCGUCCCCCUGGCAACCCGCUGAUCAUUCUACCUCGGUGCAGAGCAGUUUUUUCUUGGCUUAUACACCAUCUAUACCCAUGCAGAGCCAGCGCGGGCACCACCACACGACGUUCCAGGUUUCCGCGUCUCCGCAUGACAGCCUCAAGCCUCUCCAGCGUCAUUCUAGCACCCCCGAACCACUGUCUGGACCUUGUGUCACCCGCUCACGACCUUCGCUUCCCACCGAAGGAUCGUCGCUCGGAUUCCCGAGACCAACGUUUCCGAGCCACGCCUCGCAAAACGCACGGUCUGUGGCCACAUCUCUGUAUCCAUUUUCUGGAGGUCGGCGACAGAUACCUGCCUCACGGUUUGCUGCUCCUGCACCCUUUUGGCCGCCUGGGGGUGAGGGCGCCCGAGGAGGCGUUUAUUUCGACAACUCAAGGGAGACGGAAAGCCUUAACCCCCUCUUGCCGCUGAUUGCUGAAGCGUUUCCAACGGUAGGCACCCACUGGUCUGACAGAGAUGAGAUGGAACGACAUGGGCAAGAGGCGCUGCCACGAUUUCCUCGUCCGCAGCAACUUCCUGCCUCUCGCGAGAGCUCGGACGUGUUCCUGGAUGUUGAAAGCAGCAUACGAGUAAGCACAGGGGGCCGAGGGGCCUCUCCAGCCCUCGAGGCAGCACCGCAGAGCCAGGGGGGUGCAGGGAAUCUUCAAGAAUAUAGUGGGGUUAGCCGCACGCAAUAG